AUGGCCGUCCACAGGCCAAAGAACGCCGUCGGACAGAGCGUCUCUAUGACUCUUCAGUCCGGCGAGGUCCUCGCUGAGACAUGGAGCCGCCCCGCUGGCCGCCGCGUCCGCGUCCACCACGGCCCUCGCCGCGUCCACGUCCGCGCCACUCGCCACGGCCACGUCCACGGUAGCCUCCCUCACGCUCGCCACGGCCGCGGUUGCGGCCCUGGACCUGGUGGAAGCCAUCGUUGGGGUCAGCGGCAGGAGCGGGAGCCUACAUGA